UUUUGCAUUAAUGACAGCUGCAGUAGCUUCUAAUAAUCCCAAUUUGGGAAAUGGAUUUAAAGAGAAAGACAAACCUGAAAGUGUACGAACUGGCAAUAUUGUCGCAGCUAAAGCCGUUUCUGAUUCCGUUCGUACGAGUUUAGGCCCGCGAGGAAUGGACAAAAUGAUUCAAGCAGCAAAUGGGGAGGUUACUGUUACAAAUGAUGGGGCAACAAUUUUGAAUCAAAUGUCUGUUGUUCAUCCAACUGCUAAAAUGUUAGUCGAACUUUCAAAAGCUCAGGAUAUUGAGGCGGGAGAUGGAACCACUACUGUUGUAAUUUUGGCAGGUUCUCUACUCGAUGCGGCAGAAAAAUUGCUUGCUAAAGGUUUUCUUGCGAUAUUUCAAAUUUUAUUCUGUUUUCUAGGCAUUCACCCAACAACAAUAUCAGACUCAUUUCGCCGUGCUGCUGCUUUUUCGGAAAAGAUUUUGGAUGAAAUGUCGACUCCUGUUGAUAUCAAUAACGAUGAAGAACUCAUUAAAUUGGCUGCUACAAGUCUUAAUUCAAAGGUCGUCUCUCAACACUCGCAAAUUCUCGCUCCUAUGGCCGUUCAAGCCGUUAAGAAAAUAAUGACCAACAUGGAUGAUCAAAAUGUCAAUUUAAGAAUGAUCAAGAUUGUUAAGAAACUUGGGGAGACUGUCGAUGUAUCUCAACUAAUUGAUGGCGCUUUAAUUGAACAAAAUUCAAUGGGACAUGGAGGGCCUAGCCGUGUUGAGAAGGCCAAAAUUGGACUUAUUCAAUUCCAGAUAUCGCCUCCCAAAACAAAUAUGGAAAAUCAAGUUGUUAUUUCUGACUACACACAAAUGGAUAGAGCACUUAAAGAAGAACGUAAUUAUAUUUUGGAAUUGUGCAAACAAAUUAAAAAGACGGGAUGCAAUGUUCUUUUAAUUCAAAAGUCUAUCUUGCGCGAUGCUGUCAACGAAUUGGCCUUACAUUUUUUUGCAAAAUUAAAAAUCAUGGUCAUUAAGGAUAUUGAACGUGAAGAUAUUGAAUUUUACUCAAAAAUUAUGGGAUGCCGUCCUGUUGCUUCUGUGGAUCAUUUUACGCCUGAAACUCUUGGAACUGCUGAUUUAGUCGAGGAAAUAGAGACGGCCGAUGGGAAAGUUGUUAAGGUCACUGGUCUCAAAUCAAGUGGAAAUGCUGUUUCAAUUUUAAUAAGAGGGUCGAGUAAACUUGUGUUGGAAGAAGCUGAACGAUCUUUACAUGAUGCCUUGUGUGUUAUACGUUGUUUAGUAAAGAAGAGAGCUCUUUUGCCAGGCGGAGGAGCACCAGAAAUGCAAGUGUCGGUCAAACUUCGUAGUGCGUCGCAAACAAAACAGGGAGCGGAACAAUACUGCUGGAAGGCAUUUGCUGAGGCGCUUGAAUUAAUUCCUUAUACCUUGGCAGAAAAUGCUGGACUUUCUCCAAUUGGAACGGUUACAGAAUUACGUAAUCAACAUUCUGCUGGAAACAAAGAUUUUGGAGUCAACGUUCGAAUGGGGGCUGUAACAAAUAUUUUGGAAGAAAAUGUUCUCCAACCACUUUUGGUUACUUCUUUUGCAAUUAAACAAGCUGCUGAAUGUGUUCGCGCAAUUCUUAAAAUAGAUGAUGUUGUUCUUGCGGUUCGUUAG